UCUGCGCCUCCCUAUGACUGUAUAAUAGCUGAGCUCAGGUGAGCUGGUUCCUCCUGUCCAGUCUCAGCGGCUGCCAGCAGGCAGAUCAUGAGCCAUCAGCUUCCCUGGGAUAGCCUAUAAGACAACACAACUCUCACCAAAGGACCAAGUGCACCAUGGGACAGUGUCGGUCAGCCAAUGCUGAGGAUGCCCAGGAAUUCAGUGAUGUGGAGAGGGCCAUUGAGACCCUCAUCAAGAAUUUCCAUCAGUAUUCUGCGGAAGGUGGAAAGGAGAUGCUCACUCCCUCUGAGCUACGGGAUCUAGUCACCCAGCAGCUGCCCCACCUUAUGCCGAGCAAUUGUGGGCUGGAAGAGAAAAUUGCCAACCUGAGCAACUGUAAUGACUCUAAACUGGAGUUCGGGAGCUUCUGGGAGCUGAUUGGAGAAGCAGCCAAGAGUGUGAAGCUGGAGAACCCAGUCCCAGGAAGUUGACAUCCUCAUGGAAUUCUGGGGGAAGGGGGUUAGGGUAGGGUGGAGGGGGAAGGGAACCUUAGAGACUGUGGACCUGGAAAUAAAAUUUCUUUCCACCAUCACUACACUAUUCCCCAACUUGCACCUCUCCUCAUCUCUGCAAAGUCCAGGCUCAUAACAGCCAUCUGCCCCGUGCUAUCCCUUCUUGCUCCCAACUCAGUCUCAUACUCCUCCCAGCACUCUGUUCCUGGGCAAGGGCAGGGGAAGAAAGGGAACAGGAUCAGGGAAGAGGCGGAGAAGGGUGUGAUUCUGGGGAUAAGAGAACCCAGCUGGGUGCUUGGGCAUUUACAGAAUGAUGGUUGUUUUGUAUCAAUUUGAUUAAUAAAAAAAAUGGAAAA